AUCGCCUGAUCCAACUGCUACCGGCCCACAGGAGCGGCGUCCCCGCGACGCCACGACUCCCGCCAAACCACAGCCACGAGUUCCCGGCUCCCCAGAAGCCCGCCGAGUUUGCCCGGGGUUUCCACCGCGCUCGCCGCCGGCUGCCGCCGCGCGAUGGACCCCCUCUCCCUUCUGCAGAUCCCUCGCGCAUCGCGCCCACCGCUCCCCCUGUCCGCGGCCGCCGCGCCAUUGAGCUGCAGGAGGCUAAACGUAAGCGGCGGCGCGCGCCCCGUGCCGAGGCGGCUGCAACGCCGCGCCGCGCGGCUGUCGGUGUCCGCCGUGGCGACCGAUACGCCGCGGACCGAGGAGGAGCAGCCGUCGCCGUCGCCGUCGCCGUCGCCGUCAGGGAAGGAGCAGUUCGACUGGCUGGACCAGUGGUACCCAUUCGCCCCCGUGUGCGACCUCGACCCGCGCGCGCCUCACGGCAAGACGGUGCUGGGGCUCAGCGUCGUGGCCUGGUACGACCGCGGCGCCGGCGAGUGGCGCGUCUUCGAUGACGCCUGCCCGCACCGCCUCGCGCCGCUCUCCGAGGGCCGGAUCGACGACAAGGGCCGCCUCCAGUGCGUCUACCAUGGCUGGUGCUUCGACGGCGCCGGCGCCUGCAAGUUCAUCCCCCAGGCACCCGCCCUCGGCCCGCCGGUGCACACGAGCCCCAAGGCGUGCGUGGCGUCGUACCCCUGCGUCGUGCAGAACAACAUCCUGUGGUUCUACCCGAGGGCCGACCCCGAGUACAAGGACGUGCUGCAGAGGAAGCGGCCGCCGUUCAUCCCUGAAAUCGACGACCCGGAGUUCGUCACCGUCUAUGGCAUCAGAGACCUCCCUUACGGGUAUGAUAUUUUGAUUGAGAACCUUUUGGAUCCUGCUCAUGUCCCGUAUGCGCACAAGGGGAUCAUUCGCGGCAUCCGCAAGAAGGAAGAUCCUGGAAGAGUUGAGUAUGAUAGAGAGGGUGGCGGUCCAUCGAAGAUGAAGAUCGAGCAGGCAAACAUACAAGGGUUUGUGUCGCCGCAGGAGCGGGGCUACUUCCAGUUCGUCGCUCCCUGCACGUCGUUCGCCGCACCGUUUCCACAACCACAAGAGGACAAGAAGAAGAAGGUGCCUCGGGUCAUGCUGGUAUUCUUAUGCAUUCCGGUCAGUCCUGGCAGGAGCAGGGUGAUCUGGGCGUUCCCGAGGAACAUUGGGGUAUGGCUCCACCACAUCACACCACGGUGGCUGUACCACGUCGGGCAGAAUCUUGUAUUGGAUUCAGACAUUUUCCUCCUCCAUGUUGAGGAGCGUAAAUUUGCCACGGUAGGGCUUGAUAACUGGCAGAAAGCUUGCUAUGUGCCCACAUCGUCAGACAGCAUGGUGGUCGCCUUCAGGAACUGGUUCAAAAAAUUCUCCAAGAAUCAGAUCGGCUGGGCAACCCCACAAAUCGAUCAGCUGCCACCAACACCUACCAAGGAUCAGCUCAUGGAGAGGUACUGGUCACACGUGGCGCAGUGCACGAGCUGCAACGCGGCGCUGAAGGCCAUGAAGGCGCUUGAGGUUGUCCUGCAGGUUGCCUCGGUCGCCGUCGUCGGGUUUCUCGCCGUCGCCAAGGAAACCCUGGUCACGUCGACUGUUCAGAGGGCCGCGGUCGUGUCGGCUGCCGUGCUAUGCUUCGCUGCGUCCCGAUGGCUUGCCAACUUCAUCCAGAAGAACUUCUACUUCCAAGAUUACAUCCACGCCUACAAGUGACGCAUUCAGGAAUACCUGUGGUUUUCUUUAGGGGUGCUAGGAGUUUGUUAUUUUGACUGUAAAUGCAAAUUAGGAACGUCUAGGAAGCACAAGAAGUUUUUUUUGGAUAUGGUUGCAACUGUAUAUAAAUAAAUAAAUAAAUUAUCUUCAUUGUUUGCUAAACUAGAAAA